AUGGCCGGACCUGGAGGUGGACCCCCUCGUAGGAGUCAUACCAAAUCUCGAAAGGGUUGUGAAACCUGCAAACGUAGACACAUUCGUUGCGAUGAGAACUUUCCUCAAUGUCGAAACUGUACGAAACACAACUGCCGCUGUCCAUACAUGGACAUGCCAGUACAGGAGGAGCGAGCUGCAACCCCCGAGAAAGCAGACUUGUUAUGGACCCCAGAAAUCGAAGCAGAUAUCGAGCGUUGGCAACAGACUGGGAACUUCCCCUUCCCUGAUCUGUAUAUCUAUCCGGCUCCCAACCCUCAGUAUUUCACUUUUGAAGACCUCCGUCUCAUCCAUCAUGUGGCUUCCGUUUCCAGUGAGCUCAGUAUCCAUGAUGCCGGCAAUUUCACCAUCUGGACUCGACAAAUUCCACUCUUGCUUAAGAUUGGCUCGAGCUAUCCUUUCGUCAUGCAUGCUUUACUUGCAUUGUCUGCCACUCAUUUAGCUUGGUUGACAGACUGCCCCCUCACGGCAAAUAUGGCAUACAUACAUCGUGGUAUUGCUCUCAAAGGCUUGCACGAAGCUAUCGGAGAAUUUUCGAGACAAAAUUCAGAUGCUGUUUUGGGUGCUUCUCUCCUCCUUUCCUGGCAAGCAACGGAAUGGCGUGGUUGGACCCAGCUGAUGCAUGGGACUUCAUCUGUCAUCGACGCUAUGCAACCAUGGAAAAUGGAAUCUCAAUUCGGCGAUUUUAUUGCAGAGCAAAGUACGUUCCCAACCGCGCCGCCAUCUCCAGCACCCGGCCAGAAAAAACUUAGUCAACCGCGCAAGCAAGACUUGGACGCGUUGCAACGCGCUUACGCUCAACUUCAAAAGGUGGAAGUCCAUCUCAAGAAUAAUGGCGAAGAUACCAAAGCUAUCCAACAGCUCAUGAGUUUUGUUCGAGGUGUCCGGAAGGUGUCCCCAUCCCACACCGCGGCUCAGCGAUUCGAAAUGCUCAAUCCACUUCGAGCUUGGUUGUUUUGGCUACCGGUAAUGUUUUUGCAGCAAACACGAGGAUCUCCUUCGGCAUUGGUUAUCCUUGCUCAUUAUUAUACCAUUGCUUUGGUCGUGGAACCUCUUUUCCCUGAAGUUGGAGCAGCAUACUUCGGAAGUCUUUCAUUGGGUCCCAUUGAGGAAAUCGCUCGCCGAUUGUUCUCGAUCAAUGUUUCCCAAACUUCUGAUUCCAAUAUGCAAACUCCUCUUCACCUCAUGGAGUAUCCCAUUGAUAUGGUUUCAAAAUUCCGAAGUCGCAUGGGUUGGGUUCAGCCAGAACGUACGGCAUCAUUCCCAACAUUCUCACACAACAGCUAUAGCAUGGAGGACAAUUUUAACACCAUCUCUCCAUAUGGGAACCCGGCUUUCACAUACAGCCAAGAACAUAUCAUGACCAUGCCUUCCGAUCCAAUCUCUGCUGCAGCCAUUCCUCCAUUGACUCUCGAUCCAUACGCGACUCACUACUUGGGAAUUCCAUCGCCUAGCGGGUUUGGGGGAUAUCAUAGCCCGGCAUCUUCGAAUUUUGGGGAAGGUUCUAUUGUCUACAGCGAACAUGGGGAAGAUUUCGCUCUUUAUGAAGGGCAGGGCUCCGGCUCCAAUUUCGGCGGGUUUGUGCUUCCGACCGUGUGGAUAUAG